AUGCCACUUAGAACAAAAACUACACUAGAUCCCCAUGUGAGAAGUUUUCCUUCUGGUAUGCAAGAUUCUGUGUGGGGAAUCCCUUGUUGUUUGAAGGGACAAUUAGGUUUAGCUUGUUUAUUACAGGAGCCAGUAACAAUGUCCCAAGCAAAAACACUUUUUGAAGCAGGACCGUCAUUUCGUAUGCUGCUGGCAAACGACGAGCUUAGUGAAGGUUCUGAUCUCUUGAAUCGCUUAAUAUUUUGCUUUUCUCCUACUGCUUGCUGGGAUAAUCUUUGCAUUGAUCUUGCACCGGCACACAAAUAUAAUGGACAUGUUGUGGCCAAGAUAUGUCAUACCCAACACAUUCAAGAUGUUUUAAAUGGCAUUGGGGGCAUCCAUAGUUUAUUGCCAUUCCUAGAGUUUGCUGGCCAUGUGAAGGAUCAAGAUAGAAACAUUAUGCAUUUAAUUUCUCAUAUGUCUAGUAGUACUCUUAAACAAAGUCCUAAUUCUCCUGAUGAUAUGGUAGAAUGGGAAAUACUUCCGUCCAGUGCUAGUAUGGAUCACAAACUUGAUCAGACUCCAAUUGCAAUGUUUUUAGGGUUUUUUCGAAAUGUAUUAGCAUCACACACACUAAAUCAAGAACAAUUACUACAAAAUGAAGGUAUUCCAAUAAUUGGAGCAUUAUUAUUACAAUGUGAUUCAUCAUUGAUAGAUGUUAAUGUAUUAAUGGCCGUCCAGUUAUUAAUUGAAAGUUGCAAAGCCAACGAAAAUUCAGUAUUACUUAAAACUUUUUAUCAAAUGGUUGUGUUUAAUUUUAAAAUAUGGUCGAGAAGUGCUUUUCAUAUAAGAAUUGGGCACAUACAGUAUAUUUCGACAAUAAUUAAAGAAGAUAGAAAAUAUUUUCGGAAGAAGUUUGGAAUUCAGUUCUUUUGGAUGUGA